UAUUGCGACGGGUUCAGCACCCACGCCCCAUCCCUCCACGUUUGGGACGGGCUCAUUAACAUAAUUUAUUCACGUUACAGAUCCGCUCUUUGCGGGAGGGGAGUGUUAUCGUUUCUCAUAAGUGACGUCAUGUCACCUCCUGCUGCCGCGUGACGUCGCGAGAUAACAGGAAGCUGCUGCUCUGCCCGUGUACUGAAAUCCGAGGCCACGCCGGCGUUGAGCUGCUGUACCGCUCUUGUUUUCAGAAGCGACAACAAUAACAACAAGCUGUCGCUUCCUCUGCAGAAUUUGUCUGAUGGAGCAAAGGCACUCGGCGCGGCUCGGUGCAAAAAGGCAACAAUGCGACCGGCGUGCAUACAGCACAGAUCGUCCUGCACAGUUGACAUGGCAGCAGAGAACUCACACAGGAGAGAACCCCUUCAAGUGCAGUGUGUGUGGGAAGGCGUUUGCACGUUCAUCUGCUCUUGUAACACACCAGAGAACACACUCAGGAGAGAAACCCUUCAAGUGCAGUGUGUGUGGGAAGGCGUUUGCACAGUCACCAAAUCUUCAAAGACACCAGAGAACACACACAGGAGAGAAACCCUUCAAGUGCAGUUUGUGUGGGAAGGCGUUUGCACAUUCACCACAUCUUCAAGUACACCAGAGAACACACACGGGAGAUAAACCCUUCAAGUGCAGUCUGUGUGGGAAGACGUUUGCACAGUCACCACAUCUUCAAAUACACCAGAGAACACACACGGGAGAUAAAGCCUUCAAGUGCAGUGAGUGUGGGAAGGCGUUUGCACAUUCAUCUACUCUUGUAGCACACCGGAGAACUCACACGGGAGAGAAACCCUUCAAGUGCAGUGUGUGUGGGAAGGCGUUUACACAGUUAUCUACUCUUGCAACACACCAGAGAACACACACAGGAGAGAAACCCUUCAAGUGCAGUGUGUGUGGGAAGGCGUUUGCAUUUUCCCCAAAUCUUCAUGUACACCAGAGAACACACACGGGAGAGAAGCCCUUCAAGUGCAGUGUGUGUGGGAAGGCGUUUGCACUUUCACCACAUCUUCAAAUACACCAGAGAACACACACAGCAGAGAAACCCUUCAAGUGCAGUGUGUGUGGGAAGGCGUUUGCACAAUCAUCUACUCUUAAAAAACACCAGAGAACACACACGGGAGAGAAACCCUUCAAGUGCAGUGUGUGUGGGAAGGCGUUUGCACAGUUAUCUACUCUUGUAACACACCAGAGAACACACACGGGAGAGAAACCCUUCAAGUGCAGUGUGUGUGGGAAGGCGUUUGCACAUUCACCACAUCUUCAAAGACACCAGAGAACACACACAGGAGAGAAACCCUUCAAGUGCAGUGUGUGUGGGAAGGCGUUUGCACUUUCAUCAAAUCUUCAUGCACACCAGAGAAAACAAAAGCAUCAGAAGAUCCACCAG